CAAUUUAGAUAUGCUGGUAUUCCACUUUCAGUGUCCAAUCUACCAUAGCCAAUCGCCGUGCUUGUUUUAUCCGUUAUCUGGCUUUGAUUAUCCGAGUUCCGAACUUCUGAAACGAUAGUCAUCGAGUAUUWGCUCGUUUGCCGCCGAUUUUGUUUCGCUUCAUUCACAAGUCGCCACAAACAACGUUAUAAUAAUUAAUAGUCUUCAAUCUAUCGCAAAUCGAACCGUCAAUAUUAGUGUUAGAAAUUUUACAAGUUACUACCGAUAUACGCUAUCAUGGCUAAAGCUGGCUUCAGGGACUACGAAGCCGACAAGGCGAAACUUACUGAAUUCCUGCAAAACUACCAGACAUUGGAUACCGAUAACCAAAAGUAUGCCAAGUAUGCCGUACAGUUAGCCAAACUUGCACAUCGCGAACAGGUGUCUCUGUUUAUUGAACUCGACGAUUUAGACCAUUUCGACAACGAGUUGGCCGAUGCUGUGUCUGCAAAUUGUCGUCGAUACACUACCAUGGUUGCUGAUAUUGUGCAAGAUCUAUUGCCAAAUUAUAAAGAUCAUGAACCUGAAAACAAUGAUGCUUUGGAUGUCUAUAUUGAACACAGAAUAUUGGCCCAGCAAAGACAAAGAAUGAGACAAGCUGAUGAGAAUAUCGCUCCUACAAAUAGAUAUCCUCCAGAUUUAAUGCGAAGAUUUGAAAUAUACUUUAAAGAUCUAAGCACUAGGAAAGAAUUACCUAUACGUGAUGUGAAAGCUAAUAGCAUUGGUAGAUUAAUAUCUGUACGUGGAAUUGUUAUGAGGAGUACAGAAGUAAAACCUAUGGUCGUAGUUGCUACUUAUUCUUGUGAUCUGUGUGGUGGGGAAACAUAUCAACCAGUAAAUUCACUAACUUUCAAACCUUUAGAAUUCUGUCCAAGUUCAGAAUGUUCAACAAACAAACCAGGAAGUCGCUUGUACUUGCAAACUAGAGGAUCUAAAUUCAUUAAAUUUCAAGAGCUCAAAAUUCAAGAACUGAGUGAUCAAGUUCCAGUAGGUAAUAUUCCACGUUCAAUAACAGUGUUAUGUAGAGGUGAAGCUACACGGCAAGCUGUACCAGGGGACCACAUAUCAGUAACUGGUAUAUUUUUACCUUUGGUUCGUUCUGGAUUCCGACAAAUUCAGCAAGGUUUAUUAUCUGAUACUUAUCUUGAAGCCCACAAUAUUGAAUGUUUAAAUAAACUAAAUGAAGAAAAACUUGGAGAAGGCGAACUAUCUGAAGAAGAAGUUUUGGAAUUGGCUGGUGAUGAUUUUUAUACGAAAUUAGCUGCAAGUUUGGCACCAGAAAUAUAUGGCCAUGAAGAUAUCAAAAAAGCCUUGUUAUUACUUUUAGUUGGCGGUGUAGACAGAACACCUGAUGGAAUGAAAAUUAGAGGAAGCAUCAAUAUUUGUUUAAUGGGAGACCCUGGUGUAGCAAAAUCUCAGUUGCUCUCCUAUAUUGAACGUCUUGCUCGUCGUAGUCAGUAUACUACUGGUCGAGGUUCUUCGGGUGUAGGUCUUACUGCUGCUGUGAUGAAGGAUCCUUUAACCAACGAAAUGGUCUUAGAAGGUGGCGCUCUUGUAUUAGCUGAUCAAGGUGUAUGUUGCAUUGAUGAAUUUGAUAAAAUGGCCGAGUCUGAUCGAACUGCUAUUCAUGAAGUAAUGGAACAACAAACCAUCUCAAUUGCCAAAGCUGGAAUAAUGACACGCUUGAAUGCUCGUGUUAGUAUAUUGGCUGCAGCCAAUCCUGCUUAUGGAAGAUAUGAUCCUAAACGUUCAAUUGAAGCCAAUAUCCAACUUCCAGCAGCUUUGCUUUCACGUUUUGAUUUAUUGUGGUUAAUUCAAGACAAACCCAAUCGUGAAAAUGAUCUUAAAUUGGCUCAUCAUAUAACAUAUGUUCAUACGCAUAGUUGCCAACCUGAAACUAAAGUACAAGCAUUAGAUAUGAGCUUAAUGCGUCGUUAUAUUGAUUUGUGUAAGAAGAAGACUCCUACUGUUCCUGUAGAGCUUACAGAAUUUCUUGUCAAUUCAUAUGUCGAAUUGCGUAGAGACUCACGUAACAAAAAAGAUACAACAUUUACUUCAGCAAGAAAUCUUUUGGCUAUACUUAGAUUAUCUACAGCUUUAGCUAAGCUUAGAUUAUCAGAUUUGGUGGAACGCGAAGAUGUAGUUGAAGCUAUGAGACUUUUAGAAAUGUCUAAAAUGUCUUUAACUCAUGCUGAUGAAAAAUCUGCAAGAACUCCAAGUGUUGUGGACCUUAUAUUCAACGUAAUAAGAGAAUUAGCUGGAGGACGAACUGUUGUCAAAAUGUCUGACAUUAGAGAAUAUUGUACAAGYAAAGGAUUCAACACAUUACAAGUCGAUAAUUGCAUUGAAGAAUAUGAAAUGCUGAAUGUGUGGCAGGUGAAUCAAGCUAAGACUACAAUUACUUUUAUUUAAGUAUUUUUCUUAUAUUUAAUUUUUUUUGUCUCAUUGU